AUGGAGGUCAGCACGGAAAAGUCGGAGAUCAUGGUGAACAGCUCGACCAACAGCAGUGAAGACAUCAUCAUGAACGGCGAGAAGCUAGAAGAAGUAACGGAUCGCGACGGAUUCCGGUACAACAGGUACGCUACCAAAAAGACGCUCGUUGAAGGCCUGUUGGAUAUCAGUCUCCUAAUGGCCAACGCCUCGCAGCUGAAAUCCCUCAUCAGUCUUGGCCCUGGUACUGACUAUUACUACGCCAAUAUGGUGAUGAUUAGCCUGUCCAUCGUACUACAGAUAGUCACAGGCAUACUGCUGCUGGUGUUGGGCAGUAUGGAGGGCAAGGAUCUGGAGGGGAAGAAGGCAGCUGAUAAACUGAACAACGUCACGGUCGGCUUCGUUUUCACUAUUACCGCCAUUAACUUGUUCGUGGCCGCGUUCGGGAUCAAACUUAGUGAGUGUUGA